AGCCAUGACAGAGUAGCUAGCAUGCACCGACAAUUCAUGUAAAUGGCGUCUGUCAAAAGGAAAUUAUAUCAGCAUUUGCUGCUCUUUAUCAUUGUUCUUCCAUUCUCAGGUGUUUUUUGCUUUAGUGAGCUAUUUUUCAUCAAAGAGCCCCAUGAUGUCACCAUCAUGCGGAGAGAAGCGGUUAUUUUGAAUUGUCAGGUGCAUGGAGAGGCACCCAUUGAUGUCCGAUGGCUCAAGAAUGGAGUAAAAUUGGUGGAAAAUGAACGCGUGUACCUGCUUUCCAAUGGUUCCCUUUAUAUUUCGGAGAUGGAGAGCAGAAGAGGGGACAAAUCAGAUGAAGGGUUCUAUCAGUGUCUAGCUCAGAACAAAUAUGGAGCAAUUCUGAGCCAGAAAGCCCAUCUUACAAUCGCAAGUAUCUCUGCUUUUGCAAUCCAGCCCACACCCACUGUGGUAAUUGAAGGCUCCGUUGCCAGGUUUUCCUGCAAAAUCAGUGCACACCCUCCUCCCAUUAUCACUUGGGAGUUCAAUCGGGUCACAUUACCCCUUGCCACUGAAAGAAUCACAGUCCUCCCCAGUGGUAUUCUUCAGAUCCAUGGAGUACAGCGCACAGAUGCUGGCAAUUACCGAUGUGUUGCCACUAACAUUGCCAGUCGCCGCAGAAGUAUGGAAGCUACCCUUACUGUGACCCCAGCUCCCAGCCCCCUGCUUCCCCAGAGGCCACGUAUCAUUGCUGGGCCACAGAACAUUUCAGUGUCACUCCAUCAGAGUGCCAUCCUAGAGUGCAUGGCCACAGGCAAUCCCCGACCCCUCAUAUCCUGGAGCCGAGCGGACAGCAAGUCUAUUGAUGUCUACAACACCAAAGUGUUGGGAAAUGGCAACCUCAUUAUCACAGACAUCAAACCACAGCAUGGAGGAGUCUACAUGUGCAGAGCUACCACUCCUGGCACUCGGAAUUAUACUGUCGCCUCAGCCAAUGUCACUGUACUGGCUCCACCCUCCUUGGUGGAGUGGCCAGAGAGCCUGACCCGUCCACGUGCCGGCACAGCUCGCUUUGUCUGCCAAGGUGAGGGCGUCCCAACACCUCAAAUCACUUGGUUCAAGAAUGGAGAGAAGGUCCACUCCAAUGGCCGCAUCAAGAUGUACAACAGCAAACUGGUCAUCAACCAGAUCAUCCCUGAAGACGAUGCCAUCUACCAGUGCCAGGCUGAGAACCAGCAGGGAUCAGUUCUGUCUAUGGCGAGGCUCAUUGUGGUGAUGUCAGAGGACCGUCCGAGUGCACCGAGGAACAUCAGAGCCGACACUGUGUCGAGCUCCGCCAUCCUGCUGGCAUGGGAGAGGCCUCUGUAUAACUCAGAUAAAGUCAUCGCUUACUCAGUGCACUACAUGAAGGCUGAAGGAUUAAACAAUGAGGAAUAUCAAAUUGUCAUUGGAAAUGAUACAACUCGCUACAUUAUUGAUGAUUUGGAGCCGGCUCGCAACUAUACUUUCUACGUCGUGGCCUACAUGCCAAUGGGAGCUAGUCGCAUGUCAGACCAUGUGUUUCAGCACACGCUGGAGGAUGUUCCCCUUCGUGCCCCUGAGCUCAGCCUCACCAGCCACAGCCCCACAGAUAUCCAGGUGUCUUGGCAGCCCCUCCCAGACAAGCUGAGCCGUGGACAAAUCUCUGCAUACCGCUUAUCUUAUCGCACCAGUUCAGAGAAUACAGUCUCGCAGGUGGAGUUGCCUGGAGAGAAGAUCCAGCAUCUACUGAAAAACCUGCAGCCUGACACCAUCUACCUCCUGCGUAUCGCUGCAGCCACCGCUGUUGGGUGGGGGGAGCAAUCUGCCUGGACCUCCCACCGCACUCCGAAGGCAUCCAGUGCUCAAGUUCCUCUGGCCCCUGAGCUACAUUUGGAACCCCUAAAUUGUACCACCAUUUUGGCCCACUGGCAGCUGGGACCAAGGAACUCAGCUAGUGUCCAAGGCUACAGACUUUUCUACCACGAGGAGAGCCAGUCCGAAAGAGCCCCGGUUAAUCUGCAAGCCUCAGAUAAAACUCACACCAUUGGGGGCCUCGACCCAAGGAAGAAGUACCAUGUGAAGCUUCUGGCGUACAAUUUUGUUGGAGAUGGCUACCAGGCAGACCAGACUAUCAGCACCCCUGGAUGUGUCUCGGUUCGAGAUCGCCUGGUGCCCCCUCCACCUCCUCCACACAACGUCUACGCCAAGACCAACAGUUCAACUGCUGUGUUUCUGCACUGGGGUCGACCAGCAUUUACGUCCAGCCACGCAGUCAACUACACUGUCCGCUGUAACCCAGUGGGCCUGCAGAACGCCUCCCUGGUGCUCUACCUCCAGACGAGCGAGCAGAAUCUCCUGGUGCGAGAUCUGGAGGCAAACACAAAGUAUGAAUUUGCCAUUCGCCUUCAUAUUGACCAGCUGUCGAGCCCCUGGAGCCCUGUCGUCUAUCAGAGCACUUUUCCUGAAGCUCCCACGCUGCCUCCUUCCAACGUGAAAGUGACUCUGAUCGAAGAGGACACAGCGCUGGUCUCUUGGAAAACCCCAGAUGAGCCCAACAUCGCAGUGACGCAUUACACCAUCCUGUACGCCUCCAGAAAGGACUGGAUAGCAGGGGAAUGGCAAGUGUUGCAAAGAGAGGGGAGCAUCACCAUGGCGCUACUAGAGAAGCUGAAGGCUGGCCAGGUUUAUUUGGUCAAAGUUUCUGCUUCAAACAACAUGGGUGAUGGACCUUUUUCUCACACGGUGGAGCUGACAGUACGAGCGGAUCUCUCUGGUCACAAUCCACAGCUUUCCCACAGUUCCACAGUCUUUUCUGAUGGUUUCUACCACUUGGACCAAAAGUCAAUGACAGGGAUCACUGUGGGAGUCUGCAUCGCACUCAUCUGCAUCAUCAUCUGUGCUUUUGUCAUCGUCUGCAGAGGGAAAAACAGGAAAUCCUCCACUGCUAAAAUGUACAGACAGGGAGUGAACGCAUCUCCCUCGGCUACAGGAAACCUGAGCUCAGAGAGACAAGCUGAGAAUACUGAUGUGACUGUACCCAUGAUGAGUCAAAAUCAGUUCAUUGAUGCAAAGCCUAAUGCUGAGAAGAAGAAAAAAUGGUUCUCCUUCAGCAAUAACACAAGAAAGACCAAUAAAGCAGUGCAGAACAUGAGACACAGUACCGCCUCCUUCCACCCUGGAACCACAGUGCUGACUUACCAGGAUGAACUGUCCGGUUCUCCAGACCAGCCCACCUCUCUGCAGGCUCUGCUCGGUCGCCCCGGUGACACAGAGGGCUCGUCCAACAGCGAGGGCAGCCACGGAACCGGAGACUCUGGACGUUACUCUCAUGACGAGACUGAGCUCACCAACCUGUCCUCUGGUCCUGGCAGCCGUCCACCGUCUCUGGCAGAGGUGGACGGCGGAGGCUCGGACUGUGGCUGCCCCGCUGAACGUCUGAACGAAGUUAUGGAGGAAAGACAGACUGAACCUGAAGAGAACGUUCAGUCACUGUGAAGCCUAAAGCAGCUUCUAGUCUGCACUUUCUCUCUAAGUAUGUGUGUGUGUGUGUGUGUGUGUGUGUGUGUGUGUGUGUGAAGGUGGCAGCAUAUUUGGAACAGUUAAAAAAUCACUACAUACAGGUUGAAGAGUUUUUUUUUUUUUAUUAAUUGUACUAUUUAUUUACACCAUUUUCCCAUCAGGACACAAAAAGGUGAAUGAUGUAGCUGCUAAUAAAUACCAAUAAUAAUCUGUCAGAAUAUAACAAAUCCUCCUGAGAUGCAGAAAAGUAAACGUUUGGCUUUUUUACAUUAAAGAAUGGUCUUAAUUAGAAACAGCAUAAUGAAACAGCUUUUUCAGAUACAUUUU